AUGCACCGUCUCUCUUCGACGUCCUCCCGGUCUAUGCGCCGUGCCGCCGCUAAGGCGCAACCCGCACUUACGCGAGGAGCCCACAAGGAAAUUAAGUUUUCCAAUGAUGGGCGAGCUAGCAUUUUGAAGGGCGUUGACGUCCUGGCCAACGCUGUACAAGUUACUCUAGGACCCAAAGGUCGCAACGUCAUUAUUGAGCAGUCUUUCGGAGGGCCAAAAAUUACCAAGGACGGUGUCACCGUCGCCAAAGCGGUCACAUUGAAGGACAAGUUCGAGAACCUUGGUGCUCGACUCGUCCAAGAUGUCGCUCAGAAGACAAACGAGAUUGCUGGCGACGGUACCACGACCGCAACCGUUCUUGCACGCGCCAUCUACUCUGAGGGUGUGAAGAAUGUUGCGGCAGGUUGCAACCCUAUGGACCUUCGUCGUGGUGCCCAAGCUGCUGUCGACCGUGUUGUCGAGUUCCUCUCUUCGCAAACAAAAACCAUCACAACCACGGCUGAGAUUGCUCAAGUUGCGACUAUCUCUGCUAAUGGAGACACCCACGUCGGGAACCUCAUUGCCCAGGCGAUGGAGAAAGUUGGCAAGGAGGGAGUCAUUACUGUCAAGGAAGGUCGUACCAUCGAGGAUGAAAUUGAAAUUACGGAGGGCAUGCGCUUCGACCGUGGCUACAUUUCCCCCUACUUCAUCACCGACGUCAAAGCUCAGAAGGUUGAGAUGGAGAAGCCGUUCAUUCUCCUCAGCGAGAAGAAGAUUUCCCUACUCCAGGACAUCCUCCCAACUCUCGAGGCUGCUGCCCAAGCCCGUCGUCCCCUUGUCAUCAUUGCGGAAGAUGUUGACGGUGAAGCCCUUGCUGCUUGCAUCCUCAACAAGCUUCGUGGCCAACUCUCCGUCGUUGCUAUCAAGGCACCUGGAUUCGGCGACAACCGCAAGUCGAUUCUCGGUGACAUCGCCAUUCUCACCGGUGGUACCGUCUUCACUGACGAGAUUGAUGUCAAACUCGAGCACGCUACCCCCGACAUGCUGGGCACAACUGGAAGCAUCACCAUUACCAAGGAGGACACUAUUAUCCUGAACGGUGAUGGUGGGAAGGACUCAAUCAGCGCCCGUUGUGAGCAAAUCCGUGCUCUCAUUGCCGACCCCACAACCAGCGAAUAUGACCGCACGAAACUUCAAGAACGUCUGGCCAAACUCUCUGGCGGUGUAGCCGUCAUCAAAGUCGGUGGUGCGAGCGAAGUUGAAGUUGGGGAGAAGAAAGAUCGUUAUGAUGAUGCUCUUAACGCUACCCGUGCUGCCGUUGAGGAGGGUAUUCUUCCCGGCGGUGGUGUCGCUCUGCUCAAAGCCAGCUUACUCCUUGCGACUUCUUCCCCCUCAACUUCCUCAUCAUCUUCCGCUGGUCCGACAUCACCCGAUGCCAAACCCAUUCCCACCGCCAACUUUGACCAAGAACUCGGUGUCGCCAUCGUGCGCCGAGCUCUCACUGCUCCUGCUCGGGCCAUCCUCAACAAUGCUGGCGAGGAGGCCAGCGUUAUUGUUGGCACCCUCCUCAGCCAACACAGCGGUGACGGUAAAUUUGGUUGGGGUUACGACGCGGCCAAGGGUGAAUACGUGGACAUGGUCAAAGCUGGUAUCGUCGACCCGCUCAAGGUUGUCCGAACUGCUCUCGUUGAUGCCAGCGGUGUUGCCAGCCUGCUGACAACGAGCGAGGCCUGCAUCGUCGAUGCGCCUGAAGACGACAAGCCGGCGGCUGGUGGUAUGGGCGGUGGUAUGGGCGGAAUGGGAGGUAUGGGCGGAAUGGGCGGAUUCUAG